CUUUCAAGCAGGGAAAAAUCUUGGAUUUCGUGCGAGCUUCUACGGAAGCACUAUUCGCCCCGAAGUCGCAAUGUCUUUUUCCCAUUUGUUCCAUUUCGAAUUGGGAAAUUCGCGUACAUAAGACUUGCCGCCGUUCUACAUUCGAGUGAAAGUCGUCCAGUUCCAGUCGAUAUUUGUUCUGGUUGCGGCAGAAAAGCCGCCAUUGGGAUACUUUGUUGCAUUUCUCGCAUUCAAUUCCAAACUUUUCCUGCAGUUACGGUUUGAGAUUUUCGUGUUAUUUUGGAGUUGUGUGUGCUGUCGAGUGUGCGGUAGUAGUGGUAGGAGGAAGGCGACCACGAAUUUCGUAUACCUAUACGCAGCGCAGUCACGCAUACAUCGACUGGCAUCGUUGAGAAAAAAUCAAAGAAAUGGCGAACCAAACGAAUACCGGUGUCGUGGUUCCAAGAAAUUUCCGUUUGCUUGAAGAGUUAGAACAAGGACAAAAAGGCGUGGGCGAUGGUACGAUAUCAUGGGGUCUCGAAAAUGAUGAUGACAUGACUUUAACUCACUGGACUGGAAUGAUAAUUGGCCCACCUCGAACUCCAUAUGAAAAUCGAAUGUAUUCAUUAAAAAUCGAGUGUGGUGACAAGUACCCAGACGAACCACCAGUGCUUAGAUUUUUAUCUAAAAUAAAUAUUAAUUGUAUUAAUCAAAGUAAUGGAGUCAUUGAUCACAGAUCAGUGCCCAUGUUAGCCAGAUGGAAUCGGGAAUAUACUAUAAAAUCUAUGCUUCAGGAAAUACGUAGGAUUAUGACUUUUAAAGAAAAUUUGAAAUUGGCGCAGCCACCAGAGGGUAGUUGUUUUUAGUGAGCAUUCAUUUUAAAUAAACAAAACAAAGCUAAAAGUAAAGAAAUAAUAGACCCAACAGCAAUUGAUAAUUAAACAAAGAAAGAUAAUUCAAGUAAACAAAAGUCAAAUUGAUAUCCCGUCACCAUAAUAAAGAGUAAUGGAACAGAAGAACACUUUGAGCUGGUUCAAAUGGAUAUUUUGUUAUUGAUAACGAAAUAAGAUCCACUGCGAUAUACAAUAUUUAUGUAAUUAAAGAACAAUGCUAUGAAAAAUAUGGUUUUUGCCCUUAUUGUUCGCGAAGGAUUCCUACCAAUGAAUGAGCAGAAGCGAAAGGAAUAUUUCAAAGUUUAGGUGCUUCGAUGUGAACCAUUCCCGUUGAAGAGGAAAUUGCAUGGGUUGCAAGGAUCAUGCGAAACGUCUUCACUAGAAUCAAACAUGAAUGGUGGAAAAACGCUGAUCCUAACGUCCUUUUUCCGACAACUAUGCAUGCAAACUGUCAGCUAAAGAAGAUUCAGUAGACACUGGCGUAAGUACCAGAGACAAGCAUCUGCUUAAAACAAGCGGAAUCCUGUAGAACUGUUUCGGCAAAAACUAGUACUCUAUUUUAAUUUUUUUAUUUCAAUGUGGUUUACAACAGAUAAAAUGGCUAAGAGCGCGUUUUGAGAAAACAAAAAAGAAUGAUAAUAGACAUGAAGCGAUGAACGAUAGACGAAAUCCUAUACAUUUAAAUUAAUUUUGUCAUUUUUUAAAAAAAAGAUAAAGAAACAAUUUAAAAAAUGUCUUAGGCUUCGUUAUAUAAAAAAAAAAAUGUAAUGUUAUUAUUAAUGAUGUAAGCUAAACACCGUAUGUAAUAUUAAAACAAAAACAAACUAAUAAAAUCUGCUUUUAUCUCUAAAAACAAGAGAAUCGGAAGAAA